GUAAAGCUUGAGUGCAAGUAUUAGCUACAAUAUAAACAAAUAUUGAAUACCCAUUCGGUUUUUGUGAAAAAACCGAAUAACCGGACCGAAAAUUCGGUGUCCGAAAAAUUGGGUCCCAACUUAGAUCGGUUCGGUUUUGGGUUAUAGAAUAUACGAAACCGAAAGAUCGGUUCGGUUCGGAUAUUUCCUAUUUCGGUUCGGUUCCCGAACCGAAUCCAGCCCUAGUUCUCACUUCUCCCCAUUUGUUCUCAGAUUCUGCAAUUUUCAAGGGCCUCCGACAGGAUGGAGAAUCAUAUAUUGACAUACCUGAAGAAUUCCUCGUGCCUUGGAUUUCUGAUCCAGUUACUUCUAUUGUCCAGAGUACAUAUCCCAAUUUCUUAGAACAAUGCACAUCACCAUCAUAUUUAAUGUCAAGAGCAAUACUUGCGCCAACAGUUGACGAGGUGGACAAGGUUAAUGAUUACAUGCUCGCACAACUACCAUCAGAGAUGAAGACAUAUUUCAGCUCCGAUUCUGCAUCAUUAUCUGAUUCUGAUAGUAGUUUGUUGCAAGAGAUCCAUUCUCCAGAAUUCCUUUAUGGAAUCAAAUGUUCCGGAGUACCUAGCCAUGAGCUCAAAUUAAAAGUGGGUGCCCCUGUGAUGCUUAUGAGGAAUCUUGAUCAAUCAUUGGGUUUGUGUAAUGGCACUCGACUUUUAGUGACCCGACUUGGAAAGCAUGUUAUUGAGGCCCAAAUGUUGUCAGGGCCAACUGCCGGCCAAAAACAUUUCAUUCCCCGUCUUACCUUGACUCCUUCUGAUGUCAGACUGCCAUUCACCUUUCAGCGCAGACAAUUCCCUCUGAUGGUUAGUUAUGCUAUGACUAUAAAUAAGAGUCAGGGCCAGUCAUUGGAAAAUGUGGGGAUAUUCUUACGGCGACCGGUUUUCACCCAUGGGCAGCUUUAUGUUGCUGUAUCAAGAGUCACGAGUCCAGCUGGUUUGAAGUUUUUGAUAUGUGACGAUAAUGGUAGACCGACAAACUCCACAUUAAAUGUUGUGUACAAAGAGGUCUUUACCAAUUUGUAAUAUUACUUUUUGUCUUGAAUAAAAUUGAG